AUGGCUAUCAGUGCCAGCGGGGAGCACACCUCUGUUUCCAGUCUGCUCGAUGAUCCAACCCUGACGCCCACUGACAGUACUGUCAGCAGCCUCAACAUGCCGGUGACUCAUUUGAAAGGCCUUGAUUCUACCACUGCUACGAGCAGCGGCAGCAACAGCAGAGCCCCGGUCCCUGCUAUUACUCUGGAGAAGAAGCGGCGGCAUGAGACGCCUCAACUGCAAGUCAGCACUGAAGCGCCGCAGCAAGAUCAUCACUGCAGCAGCAAAAGAGCGCUGGUCCCGGCUGUUACUCUGGAGAAGGAGCGGCCUGAGGCGCCUCAACUGCAAGACACCACUGAAGCGCCGCAGCAAGGUCGCCGUUGCGGCAGCACGGGUGGGGGUGGAGGAGGAGGCAGCCUUCCGGCAAGGAAGAAACAGAGGAAAGCAGCAGAGAUCGCGGUGGCGGCGGUGGAAGUGGGUCCUUGUGGCAAGAUCAAUCAGCAGUGGCUGAGGCAGUGGCGGCAGACGCAGCCGCAGCAGCAGCAGCAGCAGCAGCAGCAGCAGCAGCAGCAGCAGCAGCAGCAGCAGCAGCAGCAGCAGCAGCAGAAGCAGCAGCAGCAGCAGCAGCAGCAGCAGCAGCAGCAGCAGCAGCAGCAGCAGCAGCAGCAGCAGGAGGAGGAGGAGGAGGAGGAGGAGGAGGAGGAGGAGGAGGAGGAGGAGGAGGAGGAGGAGGAGGAGGAGGAGGAGGAGGAGGAGGAGGAGGAGGAGGAGGAGGAGGAGGAGGAGGAGGUUGAAGCUGCUGUUGUUGAGGAGGCUGGUGAUUGUAACCAAAAGUCAGGAGGAAGCAAUGGGGAUCACAGGAGCCUGGCACAGGAGAUUCAACAAUGGGGACUGGGGCCCGAGGUGAUUCAACAAUGGGGACUGGGGCAUGAGGUGAUUCAACAAUGGGGACUGGGGCCCGAGGUGAUUCAACAAUGGGGACUGGGGCAUGAGGUGAUUCAACAAUGGGGACUGGGGCCCGAGGUGAUUCAACAAUGGGGACUGGGGCAUGAGGUGAUUCAACAAUGGGGACUGGGGCCCGAGGUGAUUCAACAAUGGGGACUGGGGCAUGAGGUGAUUCAACAAUGGGGACUGGGGCAUGAGGUGAUUCAACAAUGGGGACUGGGGCAUGAGGUGAUUCAACAAUGGGGACUGGGGCCCGAGGUGAUUCAACAAUGGGGACUGGGGCCCGAGGUGAUUCAACAAUGGGGACUGGGGCCCGAGGUGAUUCAACAAUGGGGACUGGGGCAUGAGGUGAUUCAACAAUGGGGACUGGGGCAUGAGGUGAUUCAACAAUGGGGACUGGGGCCCGAGGUGAUUCAACAAUGGGGACUGGGGCCCGAGGUGAUUCAACAAUGGGGACUGGGGCCCGAGGUGAUUCAACAAUGGGGACUGGGGCAUGAGGUGAUUCAACAAUGGGGACUGGGGCAUGAGGUGAUUCAACAAUGGGGACUGGGGCAUGAGGUGAUUCAACAAUGGGGACUGGGGCAUGAGGUGAUUCAACAAUGGGGACUGGGGCAUGAGGUGAUUCAACAAUGGGGACUGGGGCCCGAGGUGAUUCAACAAUGGGGACUGGGGCCCGAGGUGAUUCAACAAUGGGGACUGGGGCAUGAGGUGAUUCAACAAUGGGGACUGGGGCAUGAGGUGAUUCAACAAUGGGGACUGGGGCAUGAGGUGAUUCAACAAUGGGGACUGGGGCAUGAGGUGAUUCAACUAUGGGGACUGGGGCAUGAGGUGAUUCAACAAUGGGGACUGGGGCCCGAGGUGAUUCAACAAUGGGGACUGGGGCAUGAGGUGAUUCAACAAUGGGGACUGGGGCAUGAGGUGAUUCAACAAUGGGGACUGGGGCAUGAGGUGAUUCAACAAUGGGGACUGGGGCCCGAGGUGAUUCAACAAUGGGGACUGGGGCAUGAGGUGAUUCAACAAUGGGGACUGGGGCCCGAGGUGAUUCAACAAUGGGGACUGGGGCAUGAGGUGAUUCAACAAUGGGGACUGGGGCCCGAGGUGAUUCAACAAUGGGGACUGGGGCCCGAGGUGAUUCAACAAUGGGGACUGGGGCAUGAGGUGAUUCAACAAUGGGGACUGGGGCCCGAGGUGAUUCAACAAUGGGGACUGGGGCCCGAGGUGAUUCAACAAUGGGGACUGGGGCCCGAGGUGAUUCAACAAUGGGGACUGGGGCCCGAGGUGAUUCAACAAUGGGGACUGGGGCCCGAGUCUACCCCCACUUUCCCCUCUCUCCCCUCUCUCCCUUCUCUCUCUCUGUUCCACUCACUCCCCUCUCUUCCCCCUGCCCCAUCCUCACAUUGCGCAUCCACAAUCAAUCUCGGUGCCUAUCCCGAGGGUGUUACCCUGUCGGAUGCUGAGGGUAUCACCCUGUCUGAUGCCACACUUGCUGCUCUUAUCAGCCAAUCACAGGUGGGUGCUGCUGUAGCAGCCCCUAGAGGCACUGAGGAGGAACCUAUUGUAAGUACUGGUACUUGGCUGCAGCUAAUGAGGCAGGCGAUUCUUGAGACGCCUGGGGAUGGAGAGAUGGGAGGAGGGAGGGGAGGAGAGAUGGUAUGGAGGAGAGGCGAUUUGAACGGCAACAUCCAGGGAAGGGAGUGUAAUAAUCUGAUAGACAAUGCGGAGGAAGGUAUCGAAGAAGGGGAGUUAGGUUCGGACAGUGAUUUAGCAUUCCUCCUGGAGGCAUUGCAGCAAGAGUUAGACCCUGCGUAA